GUUUGUCUUGACCCCCAUAUCUGUUUCUGCCUUUUGCCUCCCGCUUCCUCCCCUCGUCUUAUUCUUCCUCCCUAUUCUGUUCUACAUUGCGCUCUUGCUCUCUUGCUCGCCGGAUUGCUGCUGGUCCUUCUUGCUUCUCCCUGCCGCGCUUCCUCAAGAAAACCAUUUCUUCGUGUAGCUUUUUUUUUUUUUUUUUUUUUUUUUCUUUUUUUCUUUUUUCUUUUUUCGUCGUCGAGAAGCCCUGAGGAGAUGGAGAGCCGUGCUGUGCGGGGUUGUUAAGGCUAUGUUCCUUCGUCAUUUCUGAGUCUAGGGUUGUGUGUCUAAGGAUUUUCUUUUUUCUUUUUUCUUUUUUUCUUUUUCUUCUGGAAGUGUGUGUAUUGGAAGACACAAGCGAGGCGAAGCGAGGGAGAGCUCAGUGUCGGAAAUUCCUGGGUGAUAUUGGAGACGGAGGCAGAGAGGGAAGGAGGAGAGAGAGUGAAAGAGAGAGUGAGAGUCGUGGACUUUUCGUGGCGGAGUUCCGGAGGGAGGUCUGUGUGCCCCGGGUUUUGGUGGUUUCUGGAGCGGACGGAGUGGAAGGCGGGUGAGAUUCAUGGUCCAGGGCAUUCCCCUUGCGGGUUGGGUUGGUGGUUGCAAGGGGUGUUGGAUGUGGAGCGCGAGUCUUACCGGUGAUUUUAUUUGCGAAGACUUGAGGGUGAAUCCUUCGACAGUAUCCGGUGGAAGAUAAUGGGGUCAUUGUGUGUGGCAUGUGUUUGUGGGGUAUUGGUUCACAAGACAAAAGAAACGACGACGAUGGGAAAGGAAGUCGCUACGCGGGAUGUAGGCUUGGUGAAUUAGGACAUUGGACAGAUUUUGGUGGUCGGGAUCCUGGUGUGGGUGAUAAGUCCGAUGCCGCUCGAUGAACUUCUCGCGUAGAAGAUUUCGGGUUUGCAGAAAGUGGUAGCAGCAGGCGUGACAGACUUUGCAUGGUGGCAGGAGUGAUUUCCAGCUUCUUGUUUUAAACCCUGAAAACCAUCAAGCAUAUGCAGAAAUUCAGGGAGGGGAAGAUUUGUGUCGUGGAAUGAGGGUGGAGGCAUUUGGCGUGUGUAUUCAUAUUCGGACGUGCAUGAUGAGAGUUGGUUAUAUUCAGACACUCAGCACAGAAUGAAUGAAGUCGGAGUGAAUAGACUUGCGUUGCCACGUUUUCUCUGCGUUUGCUACCGAGAGGUUUCAACUUUUCUGCUGACCAGGUUUUAGAUGGGAGCAAGAUCAUUAUUGUGAGAGUCACUUGCAUUUGCCGUACGCCAACCUUGGGUGCAUAUAUAGGAUUGUCGAAGUGGAAAUCAGGGUCUCUAGGGGUUACAGUGAACCAUACAGGAUUGUGGACUUGACAUUCAGCUGGGGCUUCGCCGACUUUUUGAGUGGGAAUUACGGUGUGAUUUGGAAGAUCUUUGCGAAGGAUCUCAUGAACAUUGAAAGAUUUGCGAAUUAUUUCACUGUUAGCAGCAUUGAAUCACGUCUUGGAAGAAAAAUCGUCAUGGAGUGUUGGGAUUUAUGGUAAUGCGAUACUCAAGUGAUUCUACAUGGGUGCUACGGUUUCGUCGGCUACUGAAAGGUGAUGGAUGGAGGUGAACGCUGGAGUUUGAAGGUUUUCAGGGAUUGCGGCACUGAUGUAAAUAAGCCUCGCAUUGUUGUUUGUGAGGUAGAAAGAGGGAUAGGGAAAGGGGGCACUAUGGAUUCUAUUAGGGUAGUGCUUGUGUGAAACGACUGACCUCUAUGGUGUCUUAAUGUGAGAGAGAGGGUUUGUGUUGGUUAGAUUGGUAGUAGUAUCCAGGAAGUGACGGUAGGGCUCCUGCCGGCAGACCUAUCAUGGUCUGUGGUAGGGAUGGAGAGAAGUGAGCCAUCCUUGGUUCCGCAAUGGCUCAAAGGGGCCAGCAGUGGUGGGAUAGGCGCCGCAAGCCACUAUUUGCAGGCAUCGUCUAACCAUCAAGGUGCAAAGAAGAGGGGGUUGGCUAUAUGUUGUGACAUUGGCACGCCACCGGACUAAGCACUAGCUUCCCGUCAAUGCUCAAUUACGAGGAGAGUGGAGGAGGCUUUGCGCUGCGGACUCGUGCUGCUUCACCCGGGUUAUUAAGUGGAGGCAGGGAUGCUGAGUACGAUGCUCCACGUUUUCCGCUUUCUUCGUCCUCCGACCGUGCGCAUUAUUCAGCAGUUAAUCGGGGACCAGGGGGAGGAAGUGGCAUCAGUGACCGCUCAAAACAAGAGAGGGAAAAUUCCCCGCGCUGGUACACCAAUUUUGGUCGCAGUAGCACCUAUCGCAGUUAUGAUGGAGGUUUGGAUCGGAGUGAUAGGGAUUCAGGUAGGGAACGGGACUGGGAUUGGGACCAAGACAGGAGCAGGGCUUUGGGAGAGUUCGGAGGAUCUGAUGAGAGAGAAAGAGAGCGGGCCGAACAGUUCGACAGUUUGUCUUCACUUCGGAGGCCCGGAUUAGGUCAAUUGCCAGGAAGCCCAUAUGAAGCAGAUUUAUCUGCACCACUUCGACGAGUUCAGUCGAUGGGGUCGGCAGCUCGAGCACUUGAGAAUGGAGAGAAGAAAAUUCCGGAGUCAGGGAACCUUCCAACAGCCCCUCCCUCGAAUAGCGGUAGCCUGACUAGCAGCAUGCAGAAAGCAGCGUUUGAGCGUAAUUUCCCUUCUCUUGGUGCUCAAGAGAAGGGCGGUGGUGUGAGCGGUACACAGGCGAGCCUGGGGAAUUUGGUGAUUUCGAGUCCACGACAUCUGUGGCAAGGGUCCUCCACACCGAGGAUGGAUGAAAUACGAUCAGCAGCUUCUUCACCUGGUCUGCCUACUGGUGCUGGCCCUGGUAGCGGCUUGGUGUCUACGACGACAGGAGGCAGCAAUGGAGAAGGGUGGAGCUCCGCAUUAGCCGAGGUUCCUUCCGCUGUGAAUGGCACACUGAUUGGUCCUUUGAGCUCUUCUGGCACUGCAAUCACUUCACUGACAUCAGCUCUGGCAAGUAUUUCAGUGACCGGCAACAUGACGAAUCCUCCUAAGAUGGCAGAGGCGUUGGUCUAUGUCCCUCCACGCGUGCGCACCCCUCCACAGUAUUCGGCCGAGAAAGAGCGGCUGGAGGAGCGUGCACUGCAGCAGUCUCGGCAGUUGAUUCCAAUGGUUCCGAAGAUUCUGGGCCCUUCCCCGCGUGAUAAGAAGGUGGAGCGGACAGUGCAUGUAACAGCUCCUCCGAACGCUCUGAAGCCGAGGCAAGCGAUGGGCUCCUCCCAGCAGGUUUUAAGCUCGCCUUAUCGGCCACCAGCAUCUCGUCCCGAGGCUCUAAAAUUGGGGCAAGGAACGGGCAAGUUUUUAACCAGAAAGGUUCCUAUCAAAGAGGUGGUUCCUGUGUCAUCUCCUUCCCCAGUGAAUACAGUAAUGAAAGCGGAAGCUUCACCACUGGUAGCGACGGGUUUGGGUCUCCCCGGAAUGGGUGGAGGAAGCUCACCAAGUGUAGUUGGGGUUUUGAACAGUGCAUCCCGGAAGCAGAAGCAACUUCUGGAUCGGCGCGCUGUUCCGAUUCCACCAGUUUCAAUUGUUGUGAAUUCUGACGGGAAUAGUGCGGGAACACGCUCGAAGGAUGGAGAUUUAUUUGGAGGCGAUGAACGUCGGCCUUCCGUGCCAACACAAAAUCGUCUCGACUUUUUCAAUGCUCUUCGAAGGAAAGCGGGGUUGGAUGGUCCACCGAAUAUUGUAGAUAAAAUGGAUGUUGUAGCGCCGAAAAGCGAUGUUCUUGUAAACGAUAGUGUGCAGCUUUUGGAGGACGUUAGUGAACAUUCCGUAGUUCAAUCGUACUCGUUGGAUAAAAUAGACCGACGAGAGAUGGAUACUACCGUGGAUGGCGAAGUAGCUGCCUCUGACGCUGGGGUUUUUGGUGCGAUGGGUGAAGAGAAUUGUGAGUUAAGGGAGGGCAUGACGGAGGGUGCCCAUGAGGACCAGGUUUUAAGGGAGGCUGUUGGAUCUCUGGAGCAGAAAUUGGCAUUAGGGGAAGGACCCUCGGAGGACGAGGAAAUGUCAUUUCUGAUUUCGCUUGGAUGGAGUCAAGCGGAUGCAGAAGAAACAGACGCAUUGACUCAAGAUGAGAUUGAUGCUUUCAUUCAGAAGCGCAAUGAACUGACAUCUUUGCCAAGCGCACAAAAGCGCAGCCGGAAUCACCAGCAAAACCAUAACCACAGGCGAUUGGGUCUCAAGGGGCGAAUGGAUGUCCAAGUGGGCAGCAUUGAGAGCGAGACAUCCUGUGUGACCACCUCUGAUAGUGAGUCUGAUUGAUGACUGUGUGGGCGGUAGAUGUUCGGAGCGAUGAGGAUAUGAGGGUAGAGGUGGGAAAGCAAUGCGUCACCUCCGAUGUGAGAGGUGAAUAGAUACACACGAAUGACGAAACAAAUGUUACCGAGGUGGUGAUAAGGUGGAAGGCUGGCAGUAGUAAUGAUGGGUUCCACAGCAGUCUUGAAGGGGCAGUGAGAGUGGGAUGGGGCGAAGUUUAAUGAAGGAGUCUGAGAGGCGUAAGGACUUGCAGCGGUCAAUCCUUGUAGGGAAAACAGAACAUAUGCACUUGUCGAGCAGUUUUCAAUGUAAUGGUUACAAAGCAUUCAGAGCGAAUGCUGGGAACAUCGGAACUCCAAGUUUUGACCACAGAUACCAGUUGGUGUGGCUGAGAAAAGAUGGCCACCGAUAUCGUGUGUACUGAAACUGUUGUUUUCUCUUACCCUCUCUCAAUUUUAAUAUGGAUUUCAUUCUAGUUUAUCCCA